AUGAUUGUAUCGUCAGAGCUGGGGACUGGAGGGGAAGAAGGAGGAGAGGAUCCGGAUGGGUUUUCAUAUAUUGAGAUGAGUAUUGAUAUUGUAGGGCUUGUGUAUUUUGGGGUUGGGAUUAGAGAGAAAGGAGGGGAGGAGGAGGGUAAAAGAGGAAGAGGAGAGGAGAGGAGAGGAGAGGAGAGGAGAGGAGAGGAGAGAAGAGGAGAGAAGGGAAGGGAAGGAACGGGAUAA